AUGCUGCUGCUCCCUGUGCAGCCCCAGCAGCUGCUGCAGCAGGAAGAAGAAGUCAAUAACAGCAGCAGCAGCAGCAGUCAAGCCACAUUUCCGGCCCCUUCAGGAGCUGCAGCAGCAGCUGCUGCUGCAACAACAGCAGCAGCAGCAGCAGCAGCAGCACCUGUCACAGAUCCGUCUGGGUCUCCUCUUCACGCGCAGCAGCUCCAGGAGGAGCAGCAAGAGGCGAAGCAGCAGCAGCAACCCCAACCACAGCAGCAGCAGCAGCAGCAGCUGCGUCUGAUAGGACUAGGCUUACCUUCUGUUGCUGCUGCUCUUACUCGGCUGCCUGUGGGGUCUUCCCUCGCUCAUAUUCGGGUUUUGUCUCUUCAUGCAAACUCUCUAGUGUCUCUUGAACUGUGGGGCCCUGAGUACCAACUGGAGUCUCUCGACCUCCGCUGCAACCGCCUGCGCGAAUUAAAGCAGCUGCUGUUUUUAGGGGGUCUCCGCAGCCUCAAGCAGCUGUCUCUUCAGAACCACAACAGCUUACCUUCUUCCUCUGCUGUUCCGUUUGCUGCUUCUGUUGCAGCCGCGUUGCAGCAACUGCAGCAGCAGCAGCAGCAGCAGCAGCAAGAUGGAGAUGCAGCACUCCAAAUCGUACCCCUGUCCCCUCAAUGCAGCAGCAGCAGCAGCAGCAACUUCAUUUGCUGCUCUCCAUCCUACCGCCGCUUCGUGCUGCAGUGCGCCCCCCUGCUGCAGCAGCUCGAUGGGGUCCCUGUAGCUGCUGAAGAGCGAGCAGCAGCAGCAGCAGCAGCUGCUGCUGCUGCUGCUGCUGGAGACGCCAGCAGCAGCUGCGACUUCGAUCUGCAGCAGCAGCAGCUCGAUCGCCUCUGGCGGCAGCUGAGGCCUCAGCCUGCUACCCGAGGCGUCUCGUGGGGCGGUGCCUGCGGACUUCGUGCUGCAGCACGGCGAGCAAAGGCAGCAGGCGCAGCAGCAGCAGCAUCAGCAGCAGCACCUUCAGCAGCAGCAACAACAGCAGUAGCAGCAGCAGCUCCAGCAGCAGCAGCAGCAGCAGCUCCAGCAGCAUUGACUCUCCAUCAGGCCCGUGAGGUCUCAAUAGUGGUAGAGGCGUGCAGCACUCAAGCAAACCCUGCAGCGGCGAGAGCAGCAGCAGCAGCAGCAGCAGCAGCAGCAGCAAAGGCGGAAGAAGCAAAGACUGCAGCAGCAACAGAGACGGGAGAGGAGCCAUUAGAGACGAAAAGCAACAAGAGUUUCGCGCUGCAGGUGACAGGCUGCAGCACUAAAAGAGAAGCAGCAGCAGCAGCAACAGCAGCAGCACCAACAGCAGCUGCAGCAGCAACAACAGCAGCACCAACAGAAGCAGCAGCAGGUCCAGCACCGGAAGCACCAACGGCAGCAGCAGCAGCAGCAACAGAUCCAGCACCGGAAGCACCAGCAGCGGCAGCAACAGCAGCAGCAGCAGCAGCAGCAGCAGCAGCAGCAGCAGCUGGGAGAGACAGCUCGUCUUUGCUGCUGUCGACCAUACAACAACUACCAGAGGAAUCACAUGCUGCUCUGCAUGCAAUAACAGCAAUGGAGCUGCUGCAGUAUCUUGCUGCUCUCCCAGAUACCCCAACAGCAGCAGCACCAGCAGCAGCAGCAGCAGCAGCAGCAGCAGCAAGCGCAGAUGCAGCUGCUGCUCCCGCUGCCAAGGUGGACCUCUCAAAUUCAUCGCCGCGCUUAAAUACAGCAGCAGCAACACCAGCAGCAGCAGGAGCAGAAGCAGCAGCAGCAGCAACAGCAGCAGCAGAAAAAGCCAGUGGGAAGGCGUCGGAGGGCCUCAUCAGGGACGCCGAAUCAACGCUGUGCUGCAGCAGCAGCAGCAGCAGCACCAAUACAAGCAGCAGCACUGGCAGCAGCAACAAUACAAACAACAGCGAUAGCAGCAGUAGCAGCAAUAGCAGCAGCAGCAGCAGCAGCAGCAGCAACUGUCCCUGUUUGAGAGGUACUGCAGGUGAUGCUCUGGAAGUCGCUCGUCUCGCGUUGCAGCUGCUGCAGCAGCAACAUGCUGUUUCUGCUGCUGCCGUUGAUGCUGCUGCUGCUGCUACUGAUGGGUGCAGAAGCCCCCAGUCCAAUGUAAGAGUAGCAGCAGAAGCAGCAGCAGCAGCAGCAGCAGCAGCAGCAUCGAUGACAGGGGGAGCAGCAAAAGUAGAGACAGAUACACCCGCACCACCACAGGCUUCCAGUCAGCAGCAGCAGCAGCAUGAGCAGCAGCAGCAGCAGCAGCAGCAGCAGCAGCAGCAGCAAGAGGCACUGGAUCACUUAAAGCGCCAGCUUGCUGCGUAUUCCGACGAAGUGGAGGAGCUGCGGCAGUUGCUGCAGCAUCACCAGCAGCAACAGCAGCAGCAGCGGCAGCAGCAGCAGGAGCAGCAGGCAGCAGCAGCAGCGCUGCAGCAGCAGCAGCAGCAGCUCGUGCAGCAGCUGCAGCAGCUGCAGGAGGAGAGAGAUGAGGCAUGGAGUCGUGUAGAGGAGUUGCAGGAAGAGACAGCGCUGCAGCAAGACGAACUUGCUGCAGCAAACCGGCAGCAGCUGCUGCUGAGAGAGAGACACGAGCGGAGCACGAAAGAGCAGCAGCAGCAGCAGCAGCAGGACCUGCAGCAGCAGCGACGCCGACAUCAGCAGCAGCUGCAGCAACUUGAGAGGGCUUUUAGUGCUUCUAUAACAGAGGUCAAGGAGGCAGCAAGGCGGCAGCAGCAGCAGCAGCAACUGCUGCUGCAGGAGGCUCUACAGAAGCUGCAGCAGCAGAAGAAAGAGCAGGAGAAAGAGCGGCAGCAGCAGCAGGAGCAGCGAGAGCAGCAGCAGCAGCAGCUGCAGCAACUGCAGCAAGCGCUGCGGCAAACCAGCCGCAAGAACGCCGAAUUAAACAAAGUGGUGCACCUAGCAGCAAAAGAAGAAAAUGCAUUUGAAUUGUCUCUCAGCAAGAUGACAAACAAGCUGCAGCGAGCAGUAGAGGAGGCUCAGGUGCUGCAGCGGGACAAGCAGCAGCUGCAGCAGGCUCUUGCUGCAGCAGAAGCAAAGCACGCGGAGCAGCAGCAGCAGCAGCAAAUGCUGCUGCUGCGACUGCAGCAAGAGCUGCAAGAUAAACAGUCAUGCUGGACGCCGCGUGCAAAGCUGCGAGAGCUGCAGUGCGAGCGCGACAUGCUGCAGCAGCAGGUGCAGCAGCUGCAGCAGCAGCUGCAGCAACAACAGCAGCAGCAACACGCAUUCCAGCCGCUGCAGCAGCAACCUGCCGCCGUAGAAAUUCAGUCGCUGAAGGCCGCUGCUGCAGCAGCAACUGCAGCGCAGCAAGCAGCAGAAGCACAAGUGCGGGAGACGAAGCAAACUGCUGCUGUGCAUGCACGUAUGCUGCAGCAGCAGGAAGAACAGCUGCAGCAACAGCAGCAGCUGCUGCUGCAAAAAGAAGAGAUGCUGCAGCAAGCAAACAUCACCGCCAGACGAAGAGAGAAAGAACUUGAGAGGAAAGUUGAAGACUAUGCAGAUCGUGCACUGGAGUGGCAUCGGCGGUACCGCGAAGAAGUUGAGGGUGCGAGGGAAGCAGCAGCUGCUGCAGAGCAGCAGCAGCAGGAAGUGAGGCGGCUGCUGCAGCAACAGCAGCAGCAGCAACAGCAGCUGAAGCAGAAAGACGAAGCCCUCGAUUUUGCACAGCGCGAACUGCAGCAGCUGAUGGAGGCUGUGCAGCAGCAGCAGCAGCAGCAGAAGCAGCAACGGGAGCAGCAAGAGAAGGAGCUUGUGCGUCUGCAGCAGCAACUAAAAGAAGAGCGGCAGCAGAACGAGGAGGUGCAGCAUCAGCAGCAGCAGGCCCUUAAGAAGCAGGAACAGCAGCUAGCCAAGCUAGCGGAGCAGCUGCGCAGCAGCAAGCAGCAAACCCUAAACCGCGAGCUGGAGCUGCGAGUUUUGCUGCAGCACUGGGAAGAGAAGAAGGAGACAGCAGCACAAACAGCAAAACAUCUUAACCAUCUCCUCAAGAAACUUCAAAGAGACUUCGGUGACCACCGCGCAUAG